AUGAGCUUCAUCCACCACUCGUCCUCGAUGCCGCCGACUUCAGACUCAUUUUCCUAUCAGCCAGCAUACGUAGCAGAGCAGCCGUCAGCGCCGCUGCCCAAGGUCGGCCAAACCAGAUGUUACUGGGCUCUCCUGACAUCCGAACUACAAUUUAUCUACCUUGACCCCGUUCUCGCUUCUCACCUUGAAGAACAAGCGUCCGUGCUCAUUGGUAAAUCCCUCAUAUCCUUUGUGCACCCGGACGAACAAGCGUCGGCAAAACACGAUUUGGGAGAUGUUCUACAGAAUAGAACAUUGCAUGGGAGUGUCACCAGGGUACGGUUCUCUCGACUUUCCCGCAUCGCCCUGGACUCGAACUACAUGGCGGUCGACAUUGUAAUUAACUACGCAGCAAGCAACUUGGUGCUCUGCUUCAUACAUGCCAUUGUCGACCUUGAUACAGACAGAGACAAUGACGAAGAGAACAAAACGGAGUGGACAAAUUGGUGCGGAACACCAUGGAUGGGUAACGGAGAGGUGGGAAUGGUAUGGGAGAGGCUGAUGGCUUGGGUGCCGACGCCAGAAACGACGAUCCAGCCGCCGGGCCAGGCGCAGCAACAGCAAUACCCCCAAGUCAUGAGAGUGUUUCAGAUUCUAGCCAACCACAGCACACGCCCUAUGCUCCUGUCAUGGCCGCCGGACCCCAUGCCGCCCCCACCAUCUGCUCAUCAACCCACCUCGCGGGACUUUGCCCGACUUGUGGAGAAUGUCCAGAUUGGAAGUGACCUCCCCAAUGCGAGUGACGCCAAGACCAGCUGCACAAGGAGAUAUAAGGCAACUCAGAUGAUGCCGUCCUGGCCAGGGAGCGAAGUCGAGAGUAUAUACAUCCCGCAUGGCACCAUAAUAUUCGCGUGCCACAAAUUCACCCCAGCUUCCACCCGUUCCGCGUCCGCCGCCGCUCCAUCAUCUUUAUCCCAAACCACUUCCACGACGACUGCUACCAACGCAAACAUGAUGUCCUACCCUCCGCCUCCCAGUGCCUAUUCACCCCAACACCCUCCCUCCCAUCCUCCGUAUUAUGACCAGCCCCCACCGACGCUGCCGCCCCUAUCCGCAUAUGCAUCGCCCAACCCCCCCAAUCCGACAACAUCAGCUAAUCCAUCGCCCACCCAGCCUUCUCAGCCCUAUUCGCCCCAGAGAUGGCCUCCACAGGGAUAUCAUCAUCCGCCUUCUUGGGGAUCGUCCAGCCCAACGCACGGCUCUCUUCCACCAUCUGUAAGCAACUUACGUUCUGCCGCCACCAAUUCGUCAGCCGCAGCAUACAAUCCUUCCUCCCCCCACGCCCCGCAACCAGGUCAAUGGCCCCCACCUGCUCCCGGCCCUGGAUGCUUCCAGGAAAACCCGUCAGGAGUCGGAGUUGCUCCUGGGUACGAUGCUGGGGGGCGUCCCAUAUCGCCAUAUUCGGGUUCACCUUACAUGGCUGGAAGUCCUGCACCGACCAACAUGAGCACUGGCGAUAUGGGAUCGAACGGAAAUAUGAGCGACGGCGGAAGGGAUUCACCUAAUCAUCUGGGUGUCGGGAUGGAUCUGGUGCCUCCGCCCCGAAGGAGGGUGUCACCUAAUUCGAGUCGAGGAGAGUAUGGAGAUCAUGGGUUUGAUAGUUCGGCAAACAGCAGCGGAGGGGGCAGGGCAGGGGGUAACAGGCCCGUUGGGGUUUUGGAAUGCUUUAGCUGCAAAGCUACCACGAGCCCGGAGUGGAGAAAGGGCCCAAGUGGGAAGAAGGAGCUAUGCAACGCAUGUGGAUUACGCUACGCCCGUUCGCGUGCCAAGAAGGAAGGAGCGGGAGUGGGCAACCGCCGCAGAAAGGACCGAGUCAUUAGUGGAGGUACAACGAAGAGCAGAGACAGUGCAACGCCUCCCGUUGGUAGCCGCGCUGGUGGGUCUCCGUCGGCAUCGUCAUCCGGGCUAUACGCCAGCCGUAGAUGGACUGGAGAUGAUAUCCAUACAGGUAACCCUGGCGGACGACCAGGCUGGGCGGGCCGCGAGGAAUAUGGAGGUGGUGGCAGCGCCAAUGAAUUAUAUCACCCUCAUGCCCAAUCGCAUCACCAUCAACCCUACAGUAACCCCCGGGGCGGCUCGAGGUAUGAAGAUGGAACACCUUCUCCCUCCCCGCCUGCCUCCAGCGUAAAUUUCGUGCACUAUCAGUCAGGACCCGGUGCACCGGGCCCAGGCGGCGGCGGCGGCGGGUCUCCUACAGCACCCACAGGCCCUGAACCCCCUCAUCCAGGACGAUCAAGCGGCGGCGGCGGCGGAUUCUACAGCGUGCCAUCUCCACUUUCCAACCCGCCUGUUUCGGCCAGCCAGAGCGCCUCCACUGGACAUCACCAAUUACCUAGGCUGGAUUAUGUUGAUAGAUUGAGCCCUAUGCUUGGUGGUGGGGAGUCGCCCAUCAUUGGGUCAUACGGAGGCGACGGUGGAAUGAGUAGUGGAGGAGCGUUGGGCGGGCUGCCAUCUUCUUACGAAAGGGACAGGCAGCUGCCACCCAUGGGGCCUGGCGUUGGACCUGGCGGUUUAUCGGAGGAGCAGGCGUUGGCAUGGGUGUCGCAAGGCGGUAAUCCAUACGCGCCCCUCACUUCCCUCGUCCGUCCGCACUCUUGA